UGUCGCCCUGUGGGAGGAAGAAGAAGGAUCUCAUGAUGGCUGCUGUCCCUGCCUCUCAGAUCAGAGGGCUCCCGGCUGACGAGGAGGCGUCCAGAAUCCUUCAAGUGAAAGUCAUUGCUGGAAUUGGACUGGCCAAGAAAGAUAUACUGGGCGCAAGGAGUCAAGAGACCAGAUCAGUAUAUCAUGAUCCAUACACCAGACUGUCUCUUUAUGAUCCCGUCAAUGGAGAAAUCACAAGUCUGCAGACUAAAACCAUUAAAAAGACUCUGGAUCCAAAAUGGAACGAAGUAUUCUAUUUCCGAGUGAAUCCCAGAACGCAUCGGCUGCUGUUUGAGGUGUUUGAUGAGAACAGACUGACACGUGAUGACUUUCUUGGACAGGUGGACGUUCCUUUAAAUCAGAUACCGACAGAAAAUCCUAACGCACAAAGACCAUACACAUUCAAGGAUUUUCUGCUCCACCCACGAAGCCAUAAGUCCAGGGUCAAAGGUCAUCUGCGUCUGAAAAUGACCUACCUGCCGAAGAACUUGGGCUCAGAAGAGGAGACGGCAGAUCAGACAGAGGACUCAGAUCCGGGCUGGGAGCUUCUGGAUCAGGACAUGUCGGGCCCCAGGCAGAGUCAGCUGCUGCCUCCUCUUCCUCCGGGCUGGGAGGAGCGGCAGGACAACCUCGGCAGGAACUACUUUGUCAACCACGUGACCAGAACCACGCAGUGGCACCGGCCCACCAUGCAGCAGGUCAUCGAGGAGAGUCACCGGCCGCAGAACAAUAACACAGAUGUGGAACCUGCCUUCAUUACACGCAGACAGAUCUCAGAGCAUGAUGAGAACGCCACGCCGCAGGAGUCUCCAGAGAGCUGGGAGAUCAUCACAGAGGACGAAUCCACUUUGCACCCCAGAAACCAUCAGCUCACAUCAACUUCCUCCAGCGAGCCGCCGGCGUUCUCCUCGUUCAGCGACGAGAACAGGAACCUUUGUGUUUCACGAUCCACAACUAGAGAGCUGCGCAGUUCACAGAAUAAUCACAUGAGUAAUUCAAACCAUUCCAGCCUCAGAGAAAGUUCUCAGACUUCUGCAAGAGAGGAACAACCUAUCAGUCCCGUGUUACUUCCCUCGUCACCUCAGUUGCCUCCAGGCUGGGAGGAGAAGCGUGACAAUAAAGGAAGACGCUACUAUGUCAACCACAACACCCGAACCACCACAUGGGUGCGUCCAGUCAUUCAGAAACCUGCAGACUCACCAGCAGCACCGGCGGCAGCAGCAGCAGCAGCAGCAGCAGCAGCAGCACCACCGGCAGCGGCACCACAGAGUGAAUCUGCGCCGCCUCAGAACUCCAGCCCGCCGUCCCAGCCGGCUGCGGUCAGCCCUGCAGACGCCGCUCAGCCCGGACCGAGCGCAGAGGCCUCCGCUGAUUUCGGCUCCUUACCGCAGGGCUGGGAGGUGCGCAGCGCUCCAAACGGAAGACCUUUUUUUAUCAAUCACAACACAAAGACGACCACCUGGGAAGAUCCCAGGCUUAGGAUUCCUGUGCAGAAGAGGAGGACCGGCUCACUCGACCCCAAAGACCUCGGCCCGCUGCCACCUGGAUGGGAGGAGCGGAUCCACGGAGAUGGCAGGAUAUUCUACAUUGAUCACAACACCAAAGUCACACAGUGGGAAGAUCCCAGAUUGCAGAACUCGGCUAUAACUGGUCCAGCCGUGCCUUACUCUCGAGAUUACAAGCAGAAGUACGAGUAUUUCAGAAAGAAGCUGAUCAAACCGGCCGACAUCCCGAACCGCUUUGAGCUGAAGCUGAAACGAAACUCGGUGCUGGAGGAUUCCUACAGACGCAUCCUGGCGGUGAAGCGGCCGGAGCUGCUGAAGGCUCGACUGUGGGUGGAGUUCGAGGGAGAAAAGGGCCUGGACUACGGCGGCUUGGCCAGAGAGUGGUUCUUCCUCAUGUCCAAGGAGAUGUUCAACCCGUACUAUGGGCUGUUCGAGUAUUCUGCCACAGACAACUACACGCUGCAGAUCAACCCCAACUCCGGUUUGUGUAAUGAAGACCACCUCACCUACUUCAAGUUCAUUGGUCGUGUGGCUGGCAUGGCGGUGUUUCACGGCAAACUCCUUGAUGCAUUCUUCAUCCGGCCGUUCUACAAGAUGAUGCUGCAGAAGCCGAUCACUCUGCAGGACAUGGAGUCUGUCGACAGCGAGUACUUUAACUCCUUAAAGUGGAUUUUGGACAACGACCCGGAGGAUUUGGACCUGAGGUUCACCAUUGAUGAGGAGCUGUUUGGAGAGACUCGCCAGCAUGACCUGAAACCGGAUGGCUCUGAGAUUGUUGUCACUAAUCAAAACAAGAGGGAAUACAUCGACCUGGUGAUGCAGUGGAGAUUUGUGAACAGAAUACAGAAACAGAUGACGGCUUUCAAAGAGGGAUUCUUUGAGCUGAUACCAAAGGAUCUGAUCAGAAUUUUUGAUGGGAAUGAGCUUGAGCUGCUCAUGUGCGGCCUGGGAGACGUGGACGUGAACGACUGGAGGCAGAACACCAAGUACAAGAACGGUUACUGUGGCGACCACAUGGUCAUCCAGUGGUUCUGGAAAACGGUGCUGCUGAUGGACGCAGAAAAGAGAAUCCGGCUCCUGCAGUUUGUGACGGGGACGUCCAGAGUCCCGAUGAACGGGUUCGCAGAACUUUAUGGCUCUAACGGACCGCAGCUGUUUACCAUCGAGCAAUGGGGAACCAGUGAUAAACUUCCCAGAGCCCACACGUGCUUCAACCGUCUGGACCUCCCUCCUUACGAGUCGUUCGAGGAGCUCAGGGAGAAGCUCAACAUCGCCAUCGAGAACGCCCAGGGCUUCGACGGCGUCGACUAACGGACGCCGCGAUUGGACGAGGGGAGCGGACGCUGCUGCAGUCAAAGCGAACCCGACCAGGACCUCGACCUGCCAGCUGAGGGUCAGAUGAAGGAAAACCUCAGAGCCGUCGCUCGCUCCACUGACGGAGGAAAAAAGAGACAGAUCCUGUUUUUAUCUGCACCUUUCAACGUUUACAAAUCAGAUUCUUUAUCGGGAGCCGCUCAGAGGUGUAUGUAUUUACUGUCACUUGUUCUGCUUAAAUGCUGUGAUGUGUUAAACAUAGGUUGAUUUUUUUUUACUUUUUUUGUGAGCCGAUAUGCAUAAAUACUGUGAAUUAAUGAAUUCAUGCCUCCCUGAACAUAUCUGAGAAACUGGUGUGGAAGAGUCCAACUUCAUCCAGCUGCAAAAAGCUGCAAGGUUCUACUGACUUUCAGCAGCUUCACUCCCACCUGAGGAGAGACCAGCUCAUUCUUUUCAUUCAACAAAAGUAACAUUUAUUACCAUUCAGUUUGCUUUACGUCAAUCAACAGGAAAAUAAUGUUUAUUUUAUUCACUUUUCACAACAGAACAGGAACAUAUCAGUCGCUACCAGCAGUAAAGACGAUCUGUUAAUCAGAGUCGCCAUCUGAGCUCAAACAUCUUCAUUUUUUACUUCUUUGUAAAAUAAAAAACAAAAUUUGUCACUGUUUUAAAAUACCUAACCGUUUUGAUUUAGUUUGAAAAUCAUUUUGAACAGCUUUUCUUCUUUUUUAUUUCUCAUCAGUUUAUUUCCUGUAUUUUAAAUUUUUCAUUCCAGUAUUUCAGGUGUUUAGCUGCAUGGACCUUAAAGCCAUUUACAGCGGACAGCGUUACAUACACGUUUGAGCGACUAGUUAAUCUAAAUGUGUUGGUGAAUAAAUAGAUUGUUGAGGUAGUGAUGAACCUGGACCAGUGAAAAGCUUCAGUAAUUAUUGUUUCUGUGUCGUCCAUGGAGAAGGAGAAGUGGCUACAGCAUACAGUGUUGGAUACUAUGCACUCAUGUACAUAUCGAUGUAAAAUAGCCAAGUGUCUCUUAAAUUUUUUGUUUAUUUCACGUUGCGUUAACGUACCUGCAGACACACCUGUGCCUUUUACAUACCUACUUUAGGCGUCUUUCUCCACUUUGAUUGCACCGGAAGAAUCGAUGUAAAUUCACCUUUUAUCUCUGGGUUUUAAUUUCAACCUUUGCCAGCUGGCCUUAACAUGUUAAAUAGUUUUACUUACGUUUUUUUUUUUUUUUGUUUUGUCCUGUGACAUCAUCGUUUUUAUCUCAUCAGGGAGCGUCUGAUUGCAGCUCCGUUUUUGAGAGCGCAUCUUCAACGUUUUUUUUUUUGUGUACGGACUGUUCUUCUCAAAGUGAGAACUAAUUUGUGAUACCUUUGUAUGAAAUGGCUGUACUUGAGCAGUAGUUUUGACAUUUUCUGACAGGUGAAAUGUGUUUACUCCAGCUGCCAUGUUUACAGAUCGGUGAGGGUGGGAGACGACGCGGCCCGCUUCCUGUCUGACGUUUUUCUUACUCCUGCUUUUAUAAAGUGAAGCACUUUGUUGACGAGUCUUACUUCUGAACCUUUGCCAAACUGCAGACUGUCUGAAUCACUCGUGAUCUUUUGCUUCAUGUGUUUAAAUGUUUACACGUGAACCUUGCUUAAAACAAGCACUUUCUCUUCUUUCACAUUCAUUUUAAAGAGAAAUACCAAGGCCUUCAUUUGUGACACGUUAUGUAGACUUUAGAGGUGUUAUCAUAUCUCUGUGUAUGCUAGAGACGACAUUACAGCAGAAAAAGGGCAGAAUUAUCUUGUUUUUCAUUAAUUAUAACUACCUAUAGUAUAUCUAUAGACUGAAUAUAAAUGUUUGCAAAAUAAACACAUAAAACCCCGGA